UUUUAGCCGAGUGCGCGCGGAAGACUUGAAGGAGAUCACUAUCGUUUUUUAAUCCUUCAAACAAGUUGAAUAUUAGAUACAGUAAAUCUAGAUGCCCGAAAUCUGAGCAUCAUCACCUCUAUAAAUCAGUCUUUCUCUGUAGUUCAUCUUGCAUAACAGAGUUCAAACCAGAAGAACAAACUCAAACCCUCCGAAAUGUCGGAAAUAACCCCCAUUGUCCUUUUAAUUCACUUCCUCACCCUCAUCCAUUUCCUUCAUGCAAACUCCCAAUUUCAUGAUCAAGAGCAAGCCGUUCUACUAAGACUGAAACAACACUGGCAAAAUCCAUUGUCUCUUGAGCAAUGGACCCCAUCAAACUCCUCUCAUUGCACUUGGCCUGGAGUAGUCUGCACCGAUAACUACAUCACUCAACUCAUCCUUGAUAACAAGAACAUCUCUGGAACUAUCCCACCCUUUCUUUCAGACCUUAAGAACCUCACAUUUCUCAACUUUUCUAAUAACAAUAUUAUUGGAAAGUUCCCUGUGGCUGUACAUAACUUGUCCAAGUUGGAGAUCUUAGACCUCUCUCAGAACUAUAUUGUUGGCACAAUUCCUGAUGAUAUUGACUGCUUGGCUCGCCUCUCAUACCUUAACCUUUAUGCAAAUAACUUCUCUGGUAAUAUUCCAGCAGCCAUCGGACUGUUACCAGAGCUAAGAACUCUCCGGCUUUAUGACAAUCAGUUUAACGGCACUUUCCCUCCAGAAAUAGGCAACUUGUCUAAGCUUGAAGAGUUAUCUAUGGCUCACAAUGGCUUUUCUCCAUCAAGGUUGCAUUCCAGUUUCACCCAGCUGAAGAAACUGAAGAUGUUGUGGAUUUCCGGAGCGAAUUUGAUUGGCGAGAUUCCAAAAAUGAUUGGAGAAAUGGUGGCAUUGGAGCACUUGGAUUUAUCCUCUAAUAAACUAACUGGGAAUAUUCCUGGCAGUUUGUUCAUGUUGAUGAAUUUGAGAGUGCUAUGGCUUUACAAGAACAAAUUAUCUGGGGAAAUUCCUCGGGUUGUUGAAGCUUUGAAUUUGACUUCCGUCGAUCUUUCGGUGAACAAUCUGACUGGUACAAUACCUUUUGAUUUUGGGAAGCUUGACAAAUUAUCAGGUUUGAGUUUGUUCUCCAAUCAGUUAUCUGGUGAGAUCCCAGAAAGCAUUGGUCGUCUUCCGGCAUUGAAAGAUUUUAAGUUGUUUAGCAACAAUUUAUCAGGGUCAAUCCCUCCAGAUCUUGGGCGAUACUCAGCCCUUGAACGCUUCGAGGUUUGUUCCAAUAGGCUUACAGGGAAACUGCCUGAAUAUCUAUGCCAUGGAGGUACCUUAAGAGGCGUGGUAGCUUUUGAUAAUAAGCUCGGUGGAGAGUUGCCAAAAUCACUUGAGAAUUGCAGUAGUUUGCUAGUUGUAAGAAUGUCAAAUAACGCAUUUUUUGGCAAUAUUCCUGUUGGUUUAUGGACAGCUUUAUAUUUGCAACAACUGAUGAUAAGUGACAAUUUGUUCACUGGAGAGCUUCCUAAUGAAGUGUCAACUAGUCUUUCACGGCUCGAGAUAAGUAACAACAAGUUCUCUGGGAGUAUUUCCAUUGAAGGGAGUUCUUGGAGGAAUCUGGUAGUCUUCAAUGCGAGCAAUAACCAAUUUACUGGCACUAUCCCUCUUGAAUUAACCGCUCUUCCUAAUCUCACGGUUCUUUUACUUGAUAAGAACCAACUCACAGGAGCCCUUCCACCCAACAUCUUCUCCUUGAAGUCACUAAAUAUUCUUAACCUAAGUCAAAAUCAACUUUCUGGACAGAUUCCUGAAAAGUUUGGUUUCCUAACCGACCUUGCCAAACUGGACUUAUCAGAUAAUCAAUUUUCUGGUAAAAUUCCACCACAACUUGGUUCUCUGAAUCUUGUUUUUCUCAAUCUCUCUUCCAAUAAUCUCAUGGGGAAAAUCCCCACUGAGUAUGAAGAUGUUGCUUAUGCCACUAGUUUCUUGAACAAUCCUGGUCUUUGUACAAGAAGGUCAUCCCUAUACCUUAAGGUUUGCAAUUCCAGACCUCAUAAAUCAAGCAAAACUUCAACCCAAUUCCUAGCCUUGAUAUUAAGUACUUUGUUUGCAGCCUUCCUGUUAGCGUUGUUAUUUGCAUUCAUCAUGAUCAGAGUUCACAGGAAGAGAAACCAUAGAUUGGAUUCAGAAUGGAAAUUCAUCAACUUCCAUAAGUUGAAUUUUACUGAAUCAAACAUAGUUUCAGGAUUGAAAGAAAGCAACCUGAUAGGAAGUGGUGGAUCAGGAAAAGUAUAUCGUGUUGCUGCAAAUGGAUUUGGUGAUGUAGCUGUGAAAAGAAUAUCGAAUAACAGAAAUUCAGACCAGAAACUUGAGAAGGAGUUCCUUGCGGAAAUUGAGAUACUGGGUACCAUAAGGCAUUUGAAUAUAGUGAAGUUGCUUUGUUGUAUUUCCAAUGAUAACUCGAAACUUCUUGUUUACGAGUAUAUGGAGAAGAGUAGUCUUGAUCAAUGGGUGCAUUCAGAGAGAAAGGCAAAAAGUGCAUCGGCUUCAGUGAAUCAUGUUGCUUUGGACUGGUCCAAGAGGCUGCAGAUUGCAGUCGGAGCUGCCCAGGGUCUGUGCUACAUGCACCAUGACUGCUCUCCUCCCAUAGUACACCGAGAUGUCAAGUCAAGCAAUAUAUUGUUAGAUUCUGAGUUCAACGCAAAAAUCGCUGAUUUUGGUUUAGCAAGGAUGCUUGUUAAGCAGGGAGAACUUGCUACUGUGUCUGCUGUGGCUGGUUCUUUGGGUUACAUAGCUCCAGAGUACGCUCAAACAGUUAGAGUGAAUGAGAAGAUUGAUGUUUAUAGCUUUGGAGUUGUCCUUCUUGAACUAACGACAGGGAAAGCAGCUAAUUAUGGUGACGAGGAUACGUGCCUUGCCAAAUGGGCAUGGCGUCACAUGCAAGAAGGGAAACCUAUAGUCGAUGUGUUAGAUGAGGAGGUAAAGGAGCCUUGUUACGUGGAUGAGAUGAGAGAUGUUUUCAAACUAGGGGUGUUUUGUACCAGCAUGUUGCCUUCUGAAAGGCCUAACAUGAAGGAGGUUGUGCAGAUCUUACUUGGCAGGAACCGUCGAUGGGUCUGUGGAAGGAAGAAUAUGAGACAUGCAUGAGUACGCUUCCACUCCUUUGCUCAACUCCUCGAAAAGCCAGAGGUUGUCGGAGAGUGAUGGCAUCCAAUAAUAAAGACUUAUUAGAAUAAUAAUAUCCACCUCUGGAGUUCAGAUUGUAAAAUAUCAUCAGUCGUUAUGCAUAAUAAUAUAAUGAACUAGUCUACAAUGGUGGAACCUUCUAAAUCUCUGGAGGAGGGAAUCCGCACCUAUAACGUUGUGGCUUUGUAUGUAUGAUUUUUAUUUGAUUUGAUAAUGAUUAGCAUAGCAUUAGGUGUC